AGGGAGACACUUCCGGAAGUGACGCAGGAGUGUCAACAUGCAAGAUGGCGGCCCAUCACCGGCAGAACACGGCGGGGCGGAGGAAAGUGCAGGUUUCCUAUGUUAUUCGAGAUGAAGUGGAGAAGUACAAUCGAAAUGGGGUCAACGCCUUGCAGCUGGACCCAGCGCUCAACAGACUUUUCACGGCAGGACGAGACUCCAUCAUCAGGAUUUGGAGCGUCAACCAGCACAAGCAAGAUCCGUACAUAGCCUCUAUGGAGCACCACACCGACUGGGUGAACGACAUUGUGCUUUGUUGCAAUGGGAAAACAUUGAUAUCUGCUUCCUCUGACACGACAGUAAAAGUAUGGAAUGCACAUAAGGGAUUUUGCAUGUCAACAUUAAGGACACAUAAGGAUUAUGUAAAGGCCUUAGCAUAUGCCAAGGAUAAAGAACUGGUAGCAUCGGCUGGGCUGGACAGACAGAUCUUCCUGUGGGAUGUGAAUACUCUAACAGCACUGACUGCCUCAAAUAACACUGUCACAACUUCUUCUUUAAGUGGAAACAAAGAUUCCAUUUAUAGCCUGGCAAUGAAUCAACUGGGAACAAUCAUUGUAUCAGGGUCCACUGAGAAGGUUUUAAGAGUGUGGGAUCCAAGAACUUGUGCAAAACUGAUGAAGCUUAAAGGGCACACAGACAACGUGAAAGCGCUGCUGUUAAACAGAGAUGGCACCCAGUGCCUUUCCGGCAGUUCUGAUGGGACCAUUCGCCUUUGGUCCCUUGGUCAGCAGAGGUGUAUAGCAACGUACCGAGUCCAUGAUGAAGGCGUUUGGGCUCUGCAAGUCAAUGACGCCUUCACACACGUGUAUUCCGGAGGAAGGGACCGGAAGAUUUACUGCACAGACCUGAGGAACCCUGACAUUCGAGUGCUGAUCUGUGAAGAAAAAGCACCCGUUCUCAAGAUGGAGCUGGACAGAUCAGCUGAUCCCCCUCCUGCAAUCUGGGUGGCAACAACUAAAUCUACAGUAAAUAAGUGGACACUGAAGGGAAUUCACAACUUUAGAGCCUCUGGAGAUUACGACAACGACUGUACAAACCCCAUAACACCCCUUUGCACACAGCCUGACCAGGUGAUUAAAGGUGGUGCUAGUAUUAUUCAGUGCCACAUUCUCAAUGAUAAGAGACAUAUAUUAACCAAAGAUACCAAUAAUAAUGUGGCAUAUUGGGAUGUAUUGAAGGCAUGUAAAGUAGAAGAUCUGGGCAAAGUGGAUUUUGAAGAUGAAAUUAAGAAAAGAUUUAAGAUGGUUUAUGUGCCAAAUUGGUUCUCAGUAGACUUAAAGACGGGGAUGUUGACGAUUACUCUGGAUGAAAGCGACUGUUUUGCUGCUUGGGUCUCUGCAAAAGACGCCGGCUUCAGCAGCCCCGACGGCUCAGAUCCGAAACUGAACUUAGGAGGACUUUUGCUCCAGGCCCUCCUAGAAUACUGGCCUAGAACACAUGUGAAUCCCAUGGAUGAAGAAGAAAAUGAAGUAAACCAUGUAAAUGGGGAGCAGGAGAACCGAGUGCAGAAGGGAAAUGGAUAUUUCCAAGUGCCCCCCCACACCCCCGUGAUCUUUGGUGAAGCUGGAGGGCGCACGCUGUUCAGGCUGCUGUGCCGGGACUCUGGAGGUGAGACCGAGUCGAUGCUGCUGAAUGAGACGGUGCCACAAUGGGUAAUCGACAUCACUGUGGAUAAAAAUAUGCCCAAAUUCAACAAAAUUCCUUUCUACCUCCAACCUCAUGCAUCUUCAGGAGCAAAAACCUUAAAAAAAGACAGACUCUCUGCUAGUGACAUGCUCCAGGUCCGGAAAGUGAUGGAACACGUUUACGAGAAAAUCAUCAACUUGGAUAAUGAGUCUCAAACCACCAGCUCUUCUAAUAAUGAGAAACCAGGAGAACAGGAGAAAGAGGAGGACAUUGCUGUGCUAGCAGAGGAGAAGAUUGAACUUCUGUGCCAGGACCAGGUUCUGGAUCCCAACAUGGACCUUCGGACAGUGAAACACUUCAUCUGGAAGAGUGGCGGUGACCUCACCCUCCACUAUCGGCAGAAGUCCACGUGA